ACGCUGACGCUUAUCAUUUUCCCAAGCGCCGACUCUUUCUUCCUCCAACCCUCCAACGUCGGUUCCCUUCUCUUUGCAUCUCCGUGCCGUUGGUUCAGCCCAGAAUUCUUUGGUUCGACCCGGAAUUCGUGUUCAGGUAACGAUUCUCGGCGUGGUUUGUUCGCCUUUGAUCUCAUCGAUGCAAGAAUCUCCGGAACCAUGUUUCUGAUCUUUAUGUGCCGGUCUAAUCGAUUCCGAGCUCAUCACUUUUUUGUUCUCUUUUUGCAGAUCUUUGCUGGUGGGUGACUGCAGGAGAAGAGGGAGAAUCGUUCGGCUCAGAUGCCGGCAGUCGCUGCCGCCGCCAUCCAAAAGGCGGCGAUUCCUCCUCUGCACUUGAAUGCUAGUCGGCGGGGAUGGACCAAGACCUCCAGGACCGUCUCUGUGCGUCCCAAGGCUGGUAAAUUCCCAUCGUGUAGCCUGGCGUUUACUUGUGACUAUCACUGGCCUGUGAGGCCUGUAUUGUCAAACAGCGUCGAGCUGCAAUCUCAGAUAUCCAAAGCAGGUCGGCCUCUUUUGCAUCUGUCCACUGCAUCGACUCCAUUGUUCGGCAAGGACCGAAGUAUGUUACUGCCGAGAACCGGAAGAAGCAAAUGCCCGGUGCCUCCAAGAGUGUACCUGGACUAUCCAUUCAGCAUCCCUUACCCUAAGAUUGUGAAGAAGCCAGAGUGGUGGUGGCGGACCCUAGCCUGCGUUCCGUACCUGAUGGCCCUGCAGGUCUCCGACACCGCCUUCUACUUCCAGCCCCUGAUGGAGCACUACGAGCAAUUCGAGUUCCUGAGCUACUAUAUCCCGGGGGCAAUCCGGCGCCUCCCCACCUGGUUCCUGAUGGUGUACUGCUUCGCCGUGUACGUCGGGGUCGUGCGGAACCGGAAGUGGCCGCACUUCUUCCGGUACCACGUGAUGAUGGGGAUCCUGCUGGAGAACGUGCUGCAGAUCCUGUGGUACGCCAGCAACUUUGCGCCGCUGAUCCACUACGGGGGCCGGUUCGGCAUGUACUACUGGGCGAUGGUCGGGUCGGCCUUCAUAUUUCUGCUGAUGGAGUGCGUGAGGUGCGCGGUCGCGGGGAUCUACGCGAACAUCCCUUUCAUCAGCGACGCCGCGUACAUACACACUCCAUAUGUAAAGGGGGAUGAUUGAUACAUAGAAGAAUUUUAGCUGAACGACUUCGUAGGAAGAGAGUCAUCAUAUCAAAUUCAGUGGCUUCUUGUGCUUAA